GUUGCACGUACAAUCAAUAACAUGCAGCAACAGAUCCAACAGCACCAGCGUCAGCUGUACCAGGCCCUGCUGAUGAAGCAGCAGCCCCCCGGCUCCCACUCCUCCUCCGGCCUGCACCCUGGCCAAGGCAAAUCAGCCCUGGACUCGUUCCCAGGCCACCCCCAGGCUCCGGGCCUCUCCGACCUGCACACCAAAGAGCCGCAGUCUUCUCCCAACUCCUACAGCCACUACCCCCUCUCUGGACUCAAUCCAAACAUGAAUGUAAACUGCAUGGAGGUGGGGGGCCUGUCCAUGAAGGAGCCUCCCCAGCCCCAGUCCCGCCUGUCCCAGUGGACCCACCCCAACUCCAUGGACAGCCUCUCUGGAAACUCCUCUCACAUGGAGGCCAACCUCAAUAAGCACGGUGCCAUUUCUGCUGCCUCUAACCUGGGUCCCCCUGGAAAGCCCCCCCACAUGGAUGACUCCUACAGCCCCUACAAUAUGAUGGGUGGGUCUGAGUCCCCCACCUCCCCCCUGGUUCCCCCUGACAGCUGGGGCCAGGGACCGGGUAAGAGCCCCAAGGACCAGAUCACCAACGGCACCAAUAUCAACUGGCCCCCAGAGUUCUGUCCAGGCGUGCCCUGGAAGGGCCUGCAGAACAUUGACCCUGAGAACGACCCCAACAUGACCCCAGGAAGUGUUCCCAGCGGCCCCACCAUCAACACCAACAUCCAGGACGUCAACCGCUACCUGCUCCGGGACCGCAGUGGAGGCUCUUCCCCUCCUUCACCACCUCAGAACGGUGCUCUGCCCCCCUCCAGCGACUGGCCAGUCAGUGGCUGCUACACUAGCUCUUUCAGUCUGUCCUCCCCGGAUGAGGAGAGUGCAGGUAAACUAUCUGACAUAAAGUCCACCUGGUCCCCGGGGCCCAUCUCCCACCCCUCCCAGGCCUCUCUGUCCCACGAGCUGUGGAAGGUCCCCCAGGGGCCCCGCAACAACACAGCCCCCUCCAGGCCACCUCCGGGCCUCACCAACCCCACCAAGCCCUCUUCCACCUGGGGAGGAAACUCCUUGGGCCUGGCCCAAGGCUGGAGCAGUUCAUACACCUCAGAGGGCUCCACCUGGAGCACAGACAGCUCCAACAGGACCAGUAGCUGGCUGGUCCUGAGGAACCUCACCCCCCAGAUAGACGGCUCCACCCUGCGGACGCUGUGCAUGCAGCACGGCCCCCUCAUCACAUUCCACCUCUUCCUGACCCAGGGAAACGCUGUGGUGCGCUACAGCUCCAAGGAGGAGGCUGCCAAGGCCCAGAAGUCCCUGCACAUGUGUGUGCUGGGGAACACCACCAUCCUGGCGGAGUUUGCCGGGGAGGAGGAGGUGAACCGCUACUUUGCACAAGGCCAGCAGCAGCAGCAGCUUCCGCCCACCACAAGCUGGCAGCCCAACCCCGGCACCAAUCAGACGCGCAUGGGCGGAGGCUCGCAGCAGCACGCUAUUGGCCAUCACUGGAGCAGCGGUGGUGGCGGCCUUGGGGGAGGAGCCAAGACGGGUGGAGGCGGAGACCUGCUGUGGGGGGGCGUGCCCCAGUACUCCAGCCUGUGGGGGCCCCCUAGUGGCGAUGAUAGUCGCGGCGUCAUCGGGAGCCCCAACCCCAUCAACACGCUGUUGCCAGGCGACCUGCUGAGUGGAGAGUCCAUGUAGGACAACACACUAACUAACAAACCAACCAUGAGGAUGGAUGUUUCACCGCUGGAACAGACAGUGGAAAAAUUAUAAUAAAUACAAAAAUACACAAAAAAAAUUACAAUGAACAGGAGCAAAACCAAGCAAAUCAUGUGGCGAUAAUCAGUAUCAACGGAACUGUGAAUCGUGUACCGGAAGGCUGGGGGCGACGACACAAGACUGCUGACCCCUACGCCCUUCGGUUUUGACGUUUUUUUUCUUCUUCUGUUUAGUUUUCUUUUUAAAGGGGGAUUUCGUUUUUAGUAUUUGAUAAACAUUGAUAAACAAAUGAAAUGCCGAAAAGACUCAUUGAAGAGAGAACCAUUAAGUGUUUUUAAGUUUUCCAUGAAUAUCGCACAUUCUGUGUGAAGUGUUUUUAAAUGAGAAGCAAUCGAAGAAGCUACCAUUUUGAAUAUUUCCUUUGCUCCUGAAACUCCAAAUUGAUACAAAAAACUAUCAUUCCCAACAUGCCCGUGGCCAAUGAUGUGGUUCAAAUACCUUUUACUUAUUAUAUUGUUUAAUUUUUAAGCACUAAUAUUAGCCUUAAGUGCUCUACUGCGGCCCAUGUCCUCCUCCUUCAAUAUCAAGCCUUUUUCAUUGUUUUGAAACAGAUUUUUUUUUUUAUGCGUUUGAAAGCUUGCACAGUUCCCAUCUGAGCCAGAGAAUGGAACAGAACAAGUGUGAUCAACCAAGGUCGUAUUCAUGAGGAACGAAUCCGAAGCAAGCGGACUGAAACGGAGAGGGACUACCUGAACUUUGUCCUAUAAGAAACGCUUGUUUUCGCUUGCCGUUGCAAAACAUUUUGCCACCUGUGCACUAAUGAAUAUGACCCCCAAAUCACAGUAUGAGGCCUGUCAACACUGACCCAACCAAUCAUCAGUUAAAACCUUUUCCGUUUUUUGGUCGUUCGUUUGUUCUUAAAGGGAUUUACACUGCUGUUUUUGUUCUUUUUGUAUAUCCAGGCGCAUUUUUAUAAUAUCUAUCGCAACAUAAGCUGAGAUUAUUACACAUCGACCGACCUAGCUGCGCGUGUUUUAUGUGUCUGAUGGAACCUAAUUAUUCAUGUCUGUGAGUUCAGAUUACCACUGCUCAGAAGAACUACAACUUCAGCUAUACUCACCUAACAGGAUUUACAGGUGCUUCUUGUCAAUUAUUAACGUUAUUAGUCGAUUCCGUUGGUGACCCUCUCAUCCCCAUUGUGGUCCAACAGUUUCUGGAAACAACAACAACAACAAAACACGUCACCUUGACGUGACAGUUACAUUGUGCAAUAUAUACGCCACAGACCCUUCUUCCGUCCACACUCAAGUCAAAGCAGGAGCUGGUUUCUUUAAGUUUUUCGUUGUUGAUUUUUGUUGUCGUUGUUGAUCAAAGCUAAGAACUUAAGAACUACAGAAAUGUUACAGUUUCAUAUUUUUGAUUCCCACCCCCCCAAGAAAGACUGUUGGGUUAAUUCUUGCGGAGAGGAGGAGCGAGGAUGGUGUUACUAUUAUAACUGUGCGUUCAGAAACUGUCCCUGCAGCCCUGAAGCUCCUUAUACGUACACAUUGAGCUGGGGUACAUGGAAAGCACCAUCAGAAAGCCCUUCCUCUCCGCGUUGCCACACCGAACAGAGACUGAAUCCAGAUGGGGGACUCACUGGAGGGGCACUGGGCAUCUGGCACAAUACCAAAUAAGAGGGGUUUGGCCUAAUGCAGUAGAUCUACUACGAGUGUUCCUUGUAUUAGGUACUGUACAUAAAUGUAAAAGAUAGACUAAGUAACGUUUUGUCUAUUUCAAAGGGUUUUAUCAUAGCACUUAUGAAGAGAGCUAAACGCUUCAACUUGCAAUCCAAUAAAUCAGAAAAAUGGAGCAGCAACUUUGAAAACUGAAAAAAAAGACAAAAAAAGAACUCUUGCUCUUUUUUUUGGUACUGUAUCUAUACUUGGAAAUAACUUCUGGCAUUUAAGUUUGUUCCUCUUUGGUCCAAGGACUUGUAUGAACUUUGAAAUGGUAGCAGGAUGAAGAGAAAAAAAAGAAGAAAAAAAGGAAAUCAAAUUCUAUCGGACAAAAAAAAAGUCUUUUUUUUUUCUUCUUCUAAAUACAUUUUCUUUGAACUAUAUCAAAGUGAAUAUCACUGUUACUCCAAAAUGUUUAGCCUUUUUCUUGUCUGGAGACGCUAGACAUGCAAUGUUACUUGUCUCCGGCCAACGGUCGGUCGGAGUGGGGAGGGGGACGGUCACGGUCCACUGAGUGCCUCUCUGCUGUGGUGCCCAUGGCGACGGUCGCUAGGCAAGGCUACCCCCACUGCAGCAAUUCCUCCUGGGCUGGCAACAAGCUCUCCCAUUGGACCCCCUCAGCCUGGCAGGAAACCACGCUCCCUCCAAGACUGGCCAAUCAGCACGGAGCUAGCUAGCUAACGACCGCGCCAGCAGCACUUGACCUUGUCUCAACCAACCCUCUCCAUUUCCCCUCAUCUUCUUUCACACAAAGAUCACUUUAGCUGGAAGUCAAGAGACAGUCAAAUUUCUGGAAUUUUGCCAGUGUUUGAUGAAUUUUAUUUUGUUUUUGUUUUUCUCCUUUUUGAUGUUUAUGAUGUAUUUUUUGAUUGAUUGGUUUGUCUACAUGCAGUGAUCUUUUCAAGAUGGCUGCUUGAAACUAGCCCUUUUCACUGUUCUUAUGCAGAAACACUUUGGUCAGAGGUGCCUCUGUAUGUUCAUCCUGUGUAUUGAAUGCAAACGAGGAUCAAUACUACAGCCCGUCAUUGAUUGUCUAUUAUUAUUAGUUGGUAUCUUAACUGAUUGAUUGAUCAUUGCUUUGUUUUGGACAGUAUUCUGUAGUACUUCCAGGUAGUAUCUCAAGACGUGUAAGUUAGACCAAUAGGGUGUCUCAUAUGGGUGAGUGUGUCCUCCCUGACCCUAGCUGCUCCACCUGGGCUCCACCAGGGCUGUCCCCUCUCGCCCCCUCACACAGCUGCUACGCUACACCCUCCUCCAGUCCCCUCCAAAGCAACCAACCAACCUAGACCAUGGCCCCCCCUUGACCAGACAUAAACAGCGACUCAGUUCUGUUUCUAUGCAAAAGACUAGAGGCUGCGGGCCCUUUAAUCCUGCCCUAAGGAAUGAGCACUGAUUCCCAGAGCUAGACCCAACAACCUCCUGCUGUAUGUACCCUUCAGCACUUAGAACAUGGCCGCUCCUGGUCCUAAUAGCUGGGUUUAAACCACAACACUGUCGUAUUCCAAACGUUCACCCUCCCUCUAUGGGGAGUUAGUACCACUGGAGUAGAGGUAUAGUAGGCCUCUCUCUUUACUUUACUGUGCUGAAGAAGACUGAUCUCCUGUCAGCUUGAUCUCAGGGUAGAAGGAGACGACAUUAAAAGACGCAGCUCUCUCUGUAUGCAUGUCCUUUUGCUGUAGUGUAAGAGAGCCAAGUUCACUGACUAAUGGCAAGCUGUGCAGUAGUACUAAACUUGUAUUGGCAGGAGCAUCGUUUUUGGGAAUGGGAUAGUAAUGAAUUCCCUUCCCAACUGUAAUGUCACAAUGUAGAGGCCCAUUCUGCAUGUAAGAUGCCAAUGUUAUCCUAUGUGCCAAUAAAAAAAAAAAAUAUAUAGAUAUAUAAAAAUAGCCCAUGUUAUACUAUCUGGAUAAAGAGCUCUUCUCUUCCCAGGAUGGAGGAUCUUUGAUAACCUUUGUGAUGGAGGCGGGGGGGUCAGGAGGGAUCAAACAGAUGGGUGGGGGCAACACACCUCAUCCUGAACCACUGAGAUAAUAUGGCUGGGUCUCAAAUGGCACCCUGUUCACUAUGUAGUGCAUUAUAUAGGGACAUAGGGUGCCAUUUUGUGGGGAAUGCCCCGUUGUCGAGGAUAAAAAUCUUCACUGAGUUUGGGGGAUCCAAGUAUGCUACGGUGCACAGUCAGUUUGGUGAUGGGUAAUCCCGGGUACAUAUUUUUUUUAAACCAAAAAUGAAAUUCUUGCAUUUUAACGUCAUUUUUAAUAUGAAGUUUGACAAAAAAUCUUAAGAAAAAAAACGUAAUAAAAUAAAACAUCUAUAAUUUGUUAACUAAAGCUCUGCACUUCUAGCUGAAAUGUCUCCAGUCCAACAAUCUGUAACUUCCACCAUCCAGGGAGUCAGAGUGCAAGCUGGGGUGCCUUUUUGUGGAUGCUGUAUUUAUCGUAUUUGUUUGUGUUUCCGCUCAAAGCGGCCCACAACUGUAUAUUUCCACAGACCCAGAUGGCUUCGGGCCCACUGUAUCAGCCCAGGUCGCUCGCCUCACUGCGUCUGCGGUAGGCAACGAGAGGGGGCGUAUUUCAAAAGGUACAAAAAGUCUAAACUAAAAUUGGAUAAGGCUACCUUUUGGGACUCCGUUCGGCGUCCUGCAGCACACUAGCAAAAAUCACUAUUGCCUGUUUCUGUAACUGCCUUGAUCCAAGCUCAGAGAGAACCAUUAGCCGGGUGGGGCCUCCAAGCGUCUGCUCAGUGUGGUGGGGGCGGGGUCCCCCUGCUGCACCAGCACUGAGGGUCACGCCGUGCGCUCUCUCUACAGCUUAACUAUAGAUAGAUAGAUAUAUACGGAUAUGUACGUACGGUGUGUGGUAGCACAUCAACAUAUAGACACCUGGGAUCUCAACCUCUGAAACCUUUUGUUCCUUUUAAAAGGUCUGGGUUCAAUACAAACUGAAGAUGAGCAAUAUGUAUUCCCCCUGCAAAUAAGUGAUACAAAGGAAAUAGAAUGGGGUUAGGGGUUAAACUGGUACUUGAUGGAUCAUGAGUACAUGAGUAAUGUCUUUCCUACCUGGAGUUAGAUAUGCACAUUCUGGAUUUAUGAACAUAUUACAGUAAGUACCUUGAAGUACUUGUACUGUAUGUGAAUUUGUCUAAACAACCCAACCUGAAAUCACCUGUUUUUUAAAUGCAUACUUUCCAAGUAGAGAAAAUAUCAUUAAACAUAUCAACACAAAAAUAUAAACACAAAUACUUGAAUUAAGGAGCGCCAAUAACGUAAUGUGAAGUCUUUUGUAAAAAAAUUAUUUAAAAAAAAAUAAAAAAUUGUCUUACUUGUACGCUUUUUGAGGUCAUCAGUUAAAAAAUAUAUUCAAACAUAUUUUAAAGUGGAGAGAAAAAAAAGUGCAAAAAUAAUUUUGGUUGUGUGCUUGAAAGUCAAAUGUAUGAGUUUGUGUGCAAACGACUGUGUGCUUGGCAGGCUGAGGACUGUUGUCAUGUUUUAUUCAGUAUGUUGUGUAUUGACAUUGUUGUCUGUUCUUUUCAGUUUAUUUUUGUCAAACUAUAUUCUGAUAGACAUUAUCUUCUAACGUUGCACUGAGUGUCUUCUACUCCUCACUCAGCUAAUCGUAGACAAACAAGACUAAGUACUGAGGGGAGAGGGUGACCAUUCAUGUGUAAAUGUUUACUCAAGGACUUCAUGGAAAAAAAGUUUUUGUUUUAUCUGUAAAAUGUUUAUCUACCUUAGUGGCUUUUAUUGUGGAAUAAUCCAAAACAAGGAUUAUCAUUGAGUAUUGCACCAUUUUCUUCUGAUUACAUUCACAUUUAAUGAAAAAUAAAAUACAUAAAAAUACAAAAAUCGAUAAAACAAUCUAAGAAUUGUGGCCAUAGAUAGUAGGACUAGUAAUCCCUAUGUUAACUUCAUGGAGAAAUGGAAAGGGAUCAUGUGGGGAGGUGAGUUUGUUACAAGACUCAUUUCAGAGGUGCCUAUCUUUUUGUUCUUUUUUUGCAAAGCCACCCAUCGUUUACAAACAUUUCAUUUGUCUGAAGUUGUGGAAAAAGGAAUUUAUACUGGGAAUGUUGAAAAAGACAAAUUCCAUCUUCCAUCAGAUGAACAUUAAAAAACACUUUGCAAAAUGAAGAUUUAUGCUACUUUCAGAACUCUGGGAUUGAUCAGUGUUGUGUCGUAUUUCUUUUUUUUUUUUAUGUCGACAGACUAUGUAUGUAUUGAUUUGAAUUUUGUCUUGUAAAAAGACACCGCAAUUUGCUAACUAUCUUGCACACUCAAAAGACGUGGAUCUUGUCUCGGGAAGGCCAGGAUUUCCAGAGUUCCAACUCCACCAUUUCUUAUUUUAAUUUUUGAGAAAGUUUUAAAUUACAAUAACUUUGAGAAACGUAUCUCCAAGCACUGAAAGUUAGGGAUUUAAAUAUAAUAUGAAAUACCAUUGCUUCUAAAAAUCCGUAGCGGUUACAUAUUUACCAAAUAAAUGACUGAAAAUGAACUUUGAUAUACAAAAAGUGGAGUGCUUUACAUGUAAAAAUCUAUGUAGAAAUUGCUUUACAUUUAAACAAAAAUGAUCAAUGGUUUUGAUUGUCAAAAGGCAGUGAUAGUUGUAUGUUUUACUUGUAUAUUUUCUUUGAGGUUCCAUCUUGUAACGUUCAGCAUUGUGCAUUACUCUCUCCUGUCUUUUAUGUCUCUUCCUGUGGCAGUUAUUCAAUGAGUUAAGAUAUUCUAAUGUCCAAUAGAUGGUUUUCAGGAGACAGAUUUGAAGUGGCGGGGGGAAAACAAAAGCUGGUUUUUAAAGGAUCAUGAUCUAUGCACAAGUGGGAGGGAGAGUCCAGGCCUGCUUUUCUCUUGGGGCCCGCGACUCGUACUCUGGGGUUCAGGGUUUGAUGUAGGGGCGUGUCUUUGUUGUGCUACAAAUUUGCUAUGUUAGAUUUUCUUCCCCCUCAUCAUUAUCAGAUUUAUGGCAAAUCGUUGUAUUGCUUCGCCAUGCUGUGUAAUCCUUAACCAAUGAGCGCUUAUCCUUCUGCUAAAGCACUGUGGGUUAUACUGAGAAAAAGCCUGUGACUUUUAAGGCUGUCCGGUUUUUUUAAGGGGGAGGAGGUACUCUGCCUUCUGCCUUUUUAUUUUAAAAACGUUAAGGAGAAAUGUCUGUACUGAGAAAGUUGUGGCUUUUAAAUGUUCUUUUUUUCUCCUCAUAGAAUGUGAUUGUUAAUGACAUGCACCGGAAAAAACAUGUUUCCAUGAGUUAUGGAGCUUCUUUCGGACUAUAUUAAUAAAUUGACAUUUUUCUUGGCUGUUAAAAA